UGUACCGGAUGAGAUGUAUCUUGACGAUAGUGUAUGGGACACAAUUAAGGAAGCGCAAGGUGUUAUCAAUGCAAAACUAGCUCGCCGCACGCAAUGGGCCACGCUUAAUACGCGCAUGAUUAGAAGUACCAAGUGCGUGCUUGAUGAUCCAAAGCUUGUUCUUGACCGUGAAUUAGCAAGAAAGGCGGUGCUUUUUGCUGCCCCAUCUUUUGUUGGACUUACAUCCUGUGUUGGUGGUAAGACGCUAGCACGAUGCUGUGGUUUCUGGGUUCAUUGGGACGAGGAGAGUAAGAUUGGCACAGUUUUGACUACAUCACGUCUAAUUUGCACCAAGUCCCCAUCCAGGAGCGCCUGGUUAGGACAAGAAGAGUAUGAUAUUGAUGCUGAGGUUCUUGUGCACCUGCGGGGUAACACCACUGAGAAGGCCCACCUGCAGUAUCUUCAGAAGCACUAUGAUUUGGCCUUCUUCAGUGUUAAAGUAGAUCAACCUGUCCGUAGACUCCCUUUCAAUGAAGGUGUGAAACAUGCUGACCAAGUUUUGGAGCUUGGAAGAGAUGAAAGUUCGUUUCUGAGGAUAAACCAUGGUGUGGUAAUAUACGAGAGAGAGAACUUGCUUGAAAGAUAUCACUAUAUGCAUGUUGAUGGUACAGACCCACGUGCUAAGUAUGGCAAGGGAGGGCCACUCAUUGACUUUGAUGGAAAAAUUGUCGGAAUGGUCAAUGGCAACACCAGAGGGUCUUUUAUACCGUCUUCCAUUUUAGUCAAGUGCUUGCAGCUAUGGAGGAAAUUUCAGUGCAUCCCUCGUCCUCACCUUGGAAUGAAAUUUUGGUCAAUCAAGUUUGUAGACAUUGCUCUUGCUGAGAAUAUAUUGUACAUGUGCAAUAUUGAUGAUGGCCUUAUUGUUGAAGAGGUGUCACAAGGCUCGCAUGCAGAAAAACUUGGGAUACGAGAUGGUGAUGUUAUCAGGUGUGUUAACGGACAACACAUCUCUACUACAGUUGAGUUAGAGAAUAUGUUGCUGGGCAAAUGCGAGGAUGAGAGUGGUAACCUUAUUUCUGAACUGGAUGUCGAGCUUUCGAUAUUUCACGUACGCAAGUCUCUAUGGAGAAACAGGACAUUACAUGUAAAUGUGUCGGAUGAUGGUGAGGUUGUUGACAAAGGAGUUCGUUGUCCUUUUGGAAAAGGGACCUCAGUUUCCUUGGUGUCACCAGGUGAGCCCAGUGAAACAACUGAUCAACUGCCCAACGAGAAGCAGGGUGGGCGGAUGGUGUUGGUGACCAACCCGUGCCACUGCCUGAGCGUGGUGACCAGCACGAGUAGCGUCGCCACCAGGAGCAUGCUCGCACAGCUGCCCCUCAAGCUCCAAGAUUCGCCGCCAGGUCAUCAGCGGGAGGCACAUUUUAGGCCAUUGAUAGAAGCAGGAAGCAAUCUGGAGCAUCCGAUCAGGCUGGAGGCCUGA